CACACACACACACACACACACACUCUUUAUUCAAGCAGAAAGUAAACCACAUUAUCUAACAUAACUCUGGUCCAAGCUUUUGCUCUAUGUUGCGGAAAGCCUCCACAUUUUCCUUGAGAUUACUCUGUUGUUGUGUGUCUGUUUUACAAACGUGACAAGAUUCCAAUUUCAGUAAACUCAGGUCAGUUUCAUGAGUUCAACAAUUUGUCAGUCUGUGUGCAGAUGCAGGUCCUCCACCAGCUGAAAACCCUCUAUACAGUCCCAAAAAGUCCGGGCCCUCUCUUUCUUUCUGUUCUGCUUUUAGUCAAUUGGCUUUUUUUUAGUGAGUCUAAAAGUGACAGAUAUUAUUUUCCCAUGCCAUUUUUCAAUUGAAAUGGCAUCAUCUCCCAUGACACUCAUUCAACAUUCCCUGUAGAGUUUUAACAUUCUUUCCCUGCUUUCUUUCUCCUCCUGUCAUUAUCAUCAUCUUGGCCUCCUAAAAUUACUUGUUUUCUCUAUAAAGUCUUGCAGCAGCCUCUUGCUGAUGCAACCUGCCCCCUGCACCUGCAUCUCCGUAAGUUCAAACUUAGCCAAGUUCCAACACACAUGUUUACAAACUGGACAUUUACACUCCACACAAACUAGUUGUUUCUUCAUAUUUACACCCAGUAAAGAUGUAACUAUUGCUAGCUAACUGGUCAAAUCAAUCGAUCUAACCAAUCUUUAACAAACAGCAGCGACAUAACUUAAUAAAAGCUGAUGCUGAAUAGUGAAGUAUUUAACAUCUCAGAAAGCUAAUAGGCUGUGGAUUCACGUCUAGGUAUUUUUGAUGAAUUAACUUGUAUUAAGAUGAAAACAAGUUGAAACAGAUGUUAAAAGUUUUCAAAUAUCUUUUUUUACAUGAAAGUAACCAUACUGAGUCAACUCAAUUGGGGGAUUUUGGUCUCAAUACAAUUUAUAUAACCUCAUUUUCUUUCAUGUGUUAUUGAGAGAUGUCCUUCAUUUUCUGACUCCCUCUUCAAUCUCUCCCUAUGAACACAAACACAUGGUACAUCCACAGUUGCAGACCUUAAUAAAUGUCAGCCAAAUAAAUGCCAUGUCUCUGCAGACAACAAGUAAUGCUUCCUAAUUAAUGAAAUCAGUCUGUGUGUUUUAUUUCUUUCUUACUGAGCACCCCACUUAAAAAAACAAAAAUUAAAAAAAUAAGCUAAAUCAUGCUUAAUUUUGUGAAAAUAGACAACAGGAUGGAUGCACUUAAAAUAAAUAAAUAAUAAAGUAUUUUUGAGAUGAAAAACCCCAAGACGGACACUCCUUGCAGAGCUGAGCUUCCAAGUGUCAUGUGUAACUUCUCCUGCUUGUCUAAAUUGAGAAUAUUUUUAGUACUUCCAUUGACAGAAGACUUAGCGAUUUAGGAAAAAAUGGCAGCACACUCAUGCUGCUUUAUUUGAGGAUGAGAGUGUCACAAAAUACCCCUGCUUUCACUUUAUCUUCAUGUCUCUGUGGGCUCAUUUCUAAAAGAUUACUGUGAUGGGUGUAGUAGAACUACCUUUUAUCCACAACCACACUUUUUUAAUAUCAUGGAUUCAUAUUUGGGCAUUUUUGCAGGGUUUUAGUGUAGACUUCCAGGGAUUAGUCGUUGUAUGUGUGGGUGAUGUCUGUAUUUAUUGUGGGGUGUAUCCCCAUUUGCCUGAUCUAGCGGAGAAUGAGGCAAGAAGUAAUCCAAACUUUAUUAUUUCUUUGGCAAACUUUUGGUAUUAAAGUUGAUUUUGUACAUGGAAGCUCUGAAGGUGUUUUUGCUCUUGCUCUUUGCUGCAGCUGUGAAUGAACAAGCUGAUGUUGGGAUGCUUGAAAUAUGUUUUGAGCCAAGUUCUGAAGUGACUGAUUUUAUAACAUGGAUGUUUACUAGUCAACGGCUUUUGCAAAAAUGUAAGGGACAUUUCCAGUGUUUUGAAAUGUUGCAUUUGUGUAUUUGUUCAUCAUUGUGAAAACUUGAAUCGAAUGCAAUUCAAAACUGACCUGCCAUAAAUCCUGGCUUUGAAGUUUAUAAAGUUUAGUUUUUAUUGACAGUGUUAGAGAGGUGUUGAGUCAACUCUAUGGUAAUGUUAAGGGUGUACUUAAGAGGUUUUGUUGUAUUAGAUUGCAUUAAAUUGAAAGGUGUGCAGGAGAAAAGUAUAAAUGUUCAAAAAGUAUAAAAGCCAAGAUGUUUUACAAAUUAGCUUCUUUAAAGCUGGUGAUUCUAGCUUAAAGCAUAAUGUCCAUGACUGCCAACUGUGCCAAACAGUAAUUAUAUUUGUUGACUUGGUGGAUGAAACUCUCAUCGUACAGUAAAGCUGUCCAGGACUGAAGGAAUUUCAUGGUGAAUUUUAGGCAUGGGAUUGUUUAUAGUGUUGCGAUCAGUCUAGUGUCUAGUUGCUGUGGUUAGCUGAUGGAAAGGGUCAGACUGACAUGUAAACAUGAGGGGGUGGGGGGGGUGUUUGUGGAUGCCGAUUUAACACAGUACUGCAGGGACUGGUGGGAGAGAUUAGGAUUUUAAAAUGAUUACGGAAGGAGUAAGACGGAAGCGAGCACACUGCAGGCUGACACUGGAAAGCCACGCUUCCACACGGAAAACGCUAUUGGAGAGAAAGACGGUUUAUGAUUGAGGAGACGUUUUCUUGUUUUUCAAGAACACAUUUGUAAAUACACCUUUUUAAAACCUGAACUACACACCAAAGAGCGGGCUGGCGGAAAAGUCAACGAGAGAUGUUGGAGCUUUUCCUAGCACACGAGCAGGCUGUCGCUCCCGAUGACCGAUGCUAGCUGGCCCGGCUCCAAGAACGCGAAACCACGCAGUGGCUGGGUGAGGAAGCUGAAGGGCUCCGAUGAACACUUGAGUGUGGAAAGAGCAGGAGGAGGCCAGGAGGUGCUGGGCUCCUCAACCUCUGGUCGGACCCGUAGCUUCUCCCUCCUCCCCCACCUAACCCCAUCUUCAUCUCCGGGUUCUCAGAGGCACCUGAGCAACGCGGCCUCACCCAGCAACAUCGUCACCAUCACCCACCACAAAUCUCCGGCUGCAGCUCGGCGGGCCAUGAAUAUGUACCCGGGACGGCUGCUGGAGGUCAAAGAGGUGAUGUCCCAAGCAGAGGGCCAACAGAAGAACCUGGUGCAGUCCAUUGACUCUCUACCCACCAGAGGCCCUCUCUCCUGUCUGGACCAGGACCUGCUGCUGCUCAAAGCCACGUCGGCCGCCACACUCAGCUGCCUGGGAGAGUGCCUGAACAUCCUCCAACAGACCCAAAGCCACAGCCAAGCACCACCUCAGUCCCACGCCUCCCAGUGCAACUACGCCGCCCAUGGAGCCCCGUCCGAUGGUGUUCCUGUGUGGACUGUACCAAAGUCGCCCUCAGGGGAGCAGUUGAAGAACGGAGGUCUGACUCCUCUACGAUCAACCGAGCCCUCUCCGGCCCUCAGGAAAAGGAGUCUGUCCCAUGGUGCUGAGCACCACCAAGGGCUGGAAGACAUCAGCCCCACUGAAGAGGUGACAGAUACGGAGGAUAACGAAGAGGAGGACCUGGGUGUCCUGGACGACCAGCGGAGCAUCAUUCUCCACCUGCUCUCCCAGCUCAAACUGGGCAUGGACCUCACACGGGUGGUGUUGCCUACCUUCAUUUUGGAAAAGCGAUCACUACUGGAGAUGUAUGCCAACUUCAUGGCCCACCCUGACAUGUUCCUGUCAAUCACAGCUGGGGCCACAGCCGAGGACCGAAUAGUCCGUUUUGUCGAGUACUAUCUGACCGCUUUCCAUGAGGGGCGGAAAGGUGCCGUGGCCAAGAAGCCCUACAACCCUGUGCUGGGGGAGACCUUCCACUGUUCCUGGGAAGUGCCUCGGGACAAAGUCAAACCUUUGGUCAGAUCGAAUCAGGGGUCCUCUUGGGAGCCGAGCAGGGGCCCCAACAACACGCUGCAGGCCGAGGAUUCAUCAGCAGGCUGCUACAGAGUGCGAUUUGUGGCCGAGCAGGUGUCCCAUCAUCCACCAGUUUCUGGGUUUUACUGUGAGUGCCGAGAGAAGAGUAUGUGCGUCAACGCCCACGUAUGGACCAAGAGCAAGUUCAUGGGAAUGUCUAUAGGAGUGUCCAUGGUGGGAGAAGGGGUCCUUUGUCUGCUGGAGCACGACGAGGAGUAUGUCUUCACGUUGCCCUGUGCCUAUGCCCGGUCAAUCCUUACCGUGCCCUGGGUGGAGCUGGGGGGCAAAGUCUCGAUCAACUGUGUCAAGAGCGGCUACUCUGCCACCGUUACUUUUCACACCAAGCCUUUCUAUGGAGGGAAGGUCCACAGAGUGACGGCGGAGGUCAAACACAACCCGACCAACACCAUUGUGUGCAAAGCCCAGGGAGAGUGGAACGGCACGCUGGAGUUCACCUACAGCAGUGGGGAAACCAAAGUGAUCGACACGGCAAAACUUCCAGUCACCAGGAAGAAGCUGCGGCCUGUGGAGAAACAGGGGAGGACAGAAUCCAGGAGGUUAUGGCAACAUGUCACCAAGUCGCUAAAGGAAGGGAACAUCGACGAGGCCACAGAACACAAACACCGGCUGGAAGAGCGACAGAGAGGGGAAGAAAGGAAGAGAACAGCUGAUAACAAACCUUGGACAUCCAAAUACUUCACUAAAGAGGGAGACGGUUGGAUUUACAACAGCCCGCUGCGGAAGCCGACCUGACAGCAGAUUAGUACUCUUCUAAUGGACAAUAACGGAGAUCCUUCCUCUCCACACUGAGGUCUGAAGUCAGGAAGUCAAGCGAAGGAAGCCUCCAGACCUGAGCUAUAACCUCACAGAGUGAUUCUAUGGAGACAUAAACAGGAAACAAGCAAGGUGCCAAAGCGACCUCCACUGUUAUAACCGACAUGGUGGCUGGAGCUCUUGGGACAAAAGUACAUUUUUAUAUACAGUUAAAAGUAUUACUAUUCAAAGUAGAGUAUUUCUAUUUUUCACCUUGCCAAGGCCUUUUUGCACACACACAGUAAUGAAGUUUGCCACUGGUGUUCUAAUUUGUAUUUACUUAAUGUUUUCUCAGACAUUGUUUGGUUUCAAGCUUUUAGUUUGUAAUGCAGCAUUAGAAUGAAUCAAUACCCUGUAACACAUAAUACUGUAGCUGUAAAUUAGUUGUUUAUAUAAGGCACUUUUACCCUAAAAAUAAAUUUAAUAUUUUAUAUAAAUGGCUUUUACCAAUCAUGGUGGUCCCCAAGAGCUUUACGGGAAAUAAGAGCACGUAACCAGAUUUAAAAUGAUAUAAGUCAAGAGUUAAACAAAUGUACUACAUUAGAUUAUGUGUUAGUAUAUAUUAUUAUUCAAAACAUUAGAGUGAGCUACUAGAAAGUAAAGGUCCUGAUUGUUUUGUCUGCACUGUCAAUGAAUGUAUCUGGUCACAUUUUGAUAUUACGCUACUUUUCCAUUGUGUACUGCAACACAUGCUUUGUGCUAUUUACACGUCGCUCCAUUUAAAUGAUUUUACCCAUUGAGCGAGACGCCACUGCAUAACACGCUUUCCAUUACUACCUCGCUUAUUAAGCUAUUCCAGCCAUUAGUCCCUUCUUCCUAAAAAAAAAAAAAAAAAAAAAAAAAAAAAAAAGAACACUGGUUGUUUGUGAUAAAAAGCUCCUGGGUCCUUGAAUCUUUUUCGCAUCUGUGCCCCUAAAAUGACACUAAAAUGACACAAUUAGGCAGCUCAUGCCUCCCGAAGUUAAUACUUCUUCUUAGGUCGCCCGUGGUGAUGAAUAUGGAUGAGGCUGCAUGCAGAAACACACAACCAUGUUCCCACAUCUGGGGUUCACUGGAAGGUUGCCUCUGUGAAGAUGAGAGGAUAAUCUAGCAGAAUAAUCACUGGGAACUGGCAGCCUAUUGGAUAGGAAAAGAAAUGUAUCGGGUCAUACUACAGUGUAACUUUGUGGUAAAUUUUAACUCAACGUUUUUUCUAAAUAAGGUAGAGCAGAAAUGGAAUAAGAGCAAUUAACAGUAUAUCCACUCCAUGGUAUUCUGAUUUUUUACAGGCCUUUUUUUUUUUUUACAUAAACUUCUCACUGCUUUCAGUUGUUACAUUUUCAAAUAGUAUAUUAAAGCCAGGUGACUUUACCAGAUGCCUAUUUGUAGCUUAUGUCAUGACAGUAAAUUACAUUUUCAUGACAGCAUAGAGAACAAACCUGCAACCAUUUAGAAACCAUUAUAGAAAGUGUUAAUGACACUCGCCUUACAUAAAACUGAUUUUUUUUUUUUAUAUAUCCAAAAGGAUCCAGAUUCACUGAUGUAGAGUGUGAUUGUGGUUAAAGGAGGGAUUGCCAUGAAUAAAGACAUUCUACCUUUUUUAAUUAAACAUUGUCUCAUCAUGAUAUCCUGAAUGUACAUCUGUUAUAUUGUCCUGCAUUCAUGUGAAUCACAAACUGUAAAUCGCUACUCCUCAUUCACUCCACCAGCAGAGGACCUAUGGAACAUCUCAUAUUUGUGAUAACAUCGGUCAAAGCAGGAGCUUGUUUGAGGUCAUUUUGUUCUAAUAAAUGUGCCAUGGCA